UCACAAAAUUAAUGUGACGUGUUUGGUACGGUUACGAUUACAUCAUGAUCACACGCACGUUCUAUUUUUAACUUUGACGGUACCCAGACGUAUGAUCCAUUCAGACACGUCCUGUGAUCGUCCUUUCAUGGAACCAGACUGUGGUUGUAAUUGAUGUCGCGUCAAACUUUCCACUCAGUCUGAAUGGUGAAAGUGACGUGCGCCCGUUGUUGCUGGAGUGAAGGACCGCUGGUUUUUGGAAAUCUACAACAAAAUUGAGUAGGCCUACUCAUAAAAUCAUAGUCAUACACAACACAACCAGGUCUUUUCGUAACUCCAGAAGUAACUGAGGUUGUUUUGUCGAAAUCAUGGCGGCGCCAGGCAGCGUACAGGUUGAAGUGAAGCAACCCAUGGGUACCGGUCCGGCCGGUCAGCAGUGGAUGGCCAUGCCUCAGAUCAAUGUCCCAGGCAUUCCUCCAGGCUUGGAGUACCUCACCCAGAUAGACCAGCUACUCAUGCAUCAACAGAUUGAACUCUUUGAAGCAUUGACCAACAUUGAGUGCAAGAACCGCUACGCCAUCAAAAACUCCCUGGGACAACAGGUGUUUUUUGCCUUUGAAGAGUCUGACUUCUGCCAUCGCAUAUGCUGCGGAGCACAGCGUGGAUUCCUCAUGCAUAUUGUGGACAACCAGUCUCGGGAAGUGAUCCGUUUGGAGCGUCCAUUCAAGUGUUUUGCCGGCUGUUGCUGGUGCGCUGAUACUGAGUGUUGCUCCAUGGAGAUUCAGAUUCAGUCUCCACCAGGACAGGUUGUGGGAUACUGCAGGCAGAUUGGAAGCAAGUGGAAGCCGAUGUAUGAAGUGCUGGAUGCCAACAAGUCUGUGGUGUUGAAGAUCAAUGGACCUUGCUGUGCCUGCCAGACCAUCUGCUGCACCGGCGAUGUGGACUUUAAGGUGUGUGGGACAGAUGGAGUGACCGAGGUUGGUAAGAUCUCCAAGCAGUGGGGCGGCUUCUUCCGUGAAAUCAUCACCCAGGCUGAUAACUUCAGCUGUUCUUUUCCGAUGGAUUUGGAUGUGCGCAUGAAGGCCAACAUGAUUGGGGCCACUUUCCUCAUUGACUACAUGUUUUUUGAGCAGAAGGACAACAAUUCUUAAUGGGCAAGUGAGCUCUGUACUCUUCAUCAGGGAGACAUUCAUGUGGUAUGUUGCAAGAGUCAGCACAGCAGGAAUCCAUCUUAGUGUAGUCCUCUUGUUUGAUGGACCAUUUUGUUUCUUUCUCUUUGCCGACGUGUUACUGUUUUUGUUUCUUUCAAUUUCCAUGUACUAAACCUCUGUGUGAUCUGAAUAGAUCUAAUGCAUUGUGGCUUGCUCGGGGUGUUCUUUGGUAUUUAGAUUGUGUAACAAUGAACGCAAACAAGGCUCAUCCAAGCAGUACAAAACCAUUGCCCUAUACUCCGCCUUAAUGCAUAAGGUCUGUUGAUGAUGAGAAAGUAUAGAUUGUACAUGUAUCUGUAUUUUGCUACAUCUAUUGGCAUUCACUUAGGGUUUAAAAUGUAGUUUUAAAGAGAAAAUAUUUGAAAUUUGGGAAUGUCCAUUUGUUUUGUUUUUUAUAACAGUCACAAAAAUGUUUUUAUUUUUAUAUUCAAACCAAAUCUAAAUACAUGUACAUGUUGUUCAGAAGUAUUAGUUUUCAAAGUACCAUUGUGCAAGUAGCUUGCAAUGGUCAGGAUUACCUUCAUGCAUUGUUUAGGCAUUAUGUGGCACAGCAACAUAGAGCUGUAUCUUCAGGCAAACUUGAAUCCUCGGUCCUGAUUUGGCGAUCCAUGGCAACGACAGUGUAUUAUACCUAAUAGCACGGUCCGUAUUGCGCUAUGCCGAGAUGCGCGCGCUGUUCUUUCUGCACGUACAUGUACUUGUAAUAGAAUAACCACUAUAAAAAUAGUGUACCCGUGCGUGUUCCAUCUUUACUGUGCGUCAAGUUUGCUUGAAGAUGAAUUUGUUAUCCCACUCGCGCUCGUGGAACACGGAAAAUGUACUGCAUCUUGCGUCCCACAUAGGAACACAGAUACACUACAUUAUUCUGUGUUCCACUCGCGCUUGCAGGAUAACUAAUAUUAUCUUUAAGUAAACUUGAAUCCUCAAUCCUGAUUGGUCGAUCCAUGGCAACAAGCCGUGCUACAUAUAACCAUGUAGCACGGCAAUGGUCCAUACCGCACUCCACGCAUUGCGCUAUUCUAAGAAGCGUGCGCCAUUCUGUACAAACACGCAAGUGUAAUAGGAUAACCGCUGAAAAUUUUUUAGUGCAUCAAGUUUGCUUGAAGAUAAAUUUGUUAUCACGCUCGCGCUCGUGGAACACGGAAAAUGUAGUGCGUCUGUGUGGGACACAGACGCACUACAUUAUUCUGUGUUCCACCCGCGCUCGUGGGAUAACAUAUAAUAUUACAUUACUUGAGGGCUCAGUUGCAGUGGGGAUUGAAAUAGCCAUGUUUGUGUACAAACCAAUAGAAAGGAAGUUCAAAAUUGUGUUGUAUUUUUUGGUAUAGUUUGCCAAUCUGAGUGAGUUUCAUUCAGUGCGUUAUCACAGCUGAUAUACCAAAAAGCAAAACAAAUUUUACAAAUCAAUCCACAUGUGUCUACUCUGCAGAUGUUCAACAUGCUUCAGAUUUUUUUUCCCCGUCAUAACUCCUAGAAAACGCACCAAUGCAAGCGCAAUUGUUGCACAUUGUUGGUUUUGCACUUAGUAUCUUCUCCAAGCACGCACCUGAAUUCAAAUAUAUUUAAAGUGAGUGAGUGAGUGAGUUUUGAUGUAACUCUGUAUGUUUUGCUGUACCUGAAUGAGUUGGUUGAACUGUGUUGUGUAGGGAAACUGUCAUUCAUGCCAUAAUUAUAAUGAGGACAGAUUCUCAGCAAUGUGGUGCAUAUAUUGAUGCACCUCCAGUGGUAUAAUGUGUGCUUGUACAUGUACUUGCAUGAAUGGAUUAUGUGAUAAAUAGUGAAUUGUUGAGAAAGUAUUUAUGAACAGAAACACUGCACGAAUACCAAAGACACAUAGAAAUUCAU